GGGGCUGUCACGCUGUACUUUACAAACAUGUCUCUGCGCACUUACAGCCACCAGCUGGCUGCCCUAAACGCGAAGGCGGUGAAGGCGUGGCUUCAGGACGCCAGCUGGAAGGGCCGCGCUAACAAGAACAAUCCGCGGUUUUAUGCGGACGUGCCGGCGGACGACAGCGGGCCGUUUGCGGCCAUCCGCAAGGCUAUCAGGGACGCCAUCAACAAGGCGGAGAGGAAGAAGCGCCAGAAGGGCAAGAAGUGCGCACUCGUGAAGAUGUACGCCAUCUUUACUAAGACGGGCGGCUUCCACGCUCCCCACGGCGACGGCUCCCGCGGCGGGAUGGCCGGCUACAAGCUGCGCUACGUGAUGAAGGUGGGCGGCACGGGCAAGACGGGCCGCAUCCACCUGAAGAUGAAGGGUGAGGAGGAGAUGGCGUACGAGUACGAGGCCGCGUAUUCGAUGGACGCGGCGACCGGCUCCUCGCCCAACAAGCAUCGCGUGGCUCACAAGGCCAAGAUGUCGGCGGCCCGGAAGGGCAAGAAGCACACCGCCGCCCACAAGGCCAAGAUAUCGGCGGCUAUGAAGGGCAAGAAGCACACCGCCGCCCACAAGGCCAAGAUAUCGGCGGCUAUGAAGGGCAACACCAACAGGAUGAAGAAACGUUAAAUGUGCUACCUACUCCUACUUUUACUUGCUAUUCCCUAUUGUAGAAAAAUAGGAGGAGAGCGCAGCGCCGCCCAAGAAGCGGCACAAGCGUGCAGGCUGAGGAGCCGGCUGGUGUCUAGGUAGCGGUCCGCGGUGGGGCUGGCAGGGCAUGUGUAGCAUGACAAGUAGUGCGGCUGUAGACAACUGUGCUGCGUCUGGCUCUGCUGUGGCAUCGCAAAUGCUAGGCACCGGGUUUGGCUAUGUGCCUGUGGAAACCGACCCCGGCUAUGUCCGGGCGAUGAGGUUGUUCGGCCUCAGACUGUGGAGGGGCUCAGCCCCUUUUCCCGUGACCGGGGAACGCUUUUCUACCAUGAGAACCCAUAUAGAGAAGGUCAAGGUUGUGUACAAUAUGGGUUGUGCUACCUACUAUGAUAUCCUUGACGAUGAUGGCAGAUGUAGAUGCAGGGUUAUUGUGCGGUUUGCACGGGAGCACGGCUGAUGUCGCCAUUUAACAAUAAACGUGCUGUCAUGCACACUCAUGAGGUGGGGGCUACAUACCGUAACUCAUACUAUACCAGGGCGCUCCUGGUUAAGGUAUAGCGUCAGCCGCUCUCGGAUGCCCUGCCUGCUGCUCGCCACGCCCUCACGAUUAGCGCAUACUGGUGUAGCAGGGGACGCUGGUUAGUGGUAUGGCGCAUAUGGCAUGGAACCAGGAGUUGGAUGUGGGGACGGCACGCCGUGGCCAGCUAUGCUAAGCGGAUUUGGAAGCGCAGCUGGCAGGGUGUUGCAGCAUAGCGCGUGGCCGUGCGCAUUGCGGAGCAGACGUAAGGCAUCAAAGUGCGUAGAUUGUGAUGGACGCGGAGUGUGACCGAGGGGAGAUGUUGGCGGUGGAGUGAACAGAGUGCGCAAAACGCAUUAAUGGCGGGUUGGCGGUGCACGGAGUGUGUUGGGGAGCGGCAUAGUGACAUACGGUACCCACUAUGAUGUGUUGCGAGCCGGCGAGGAGAAACAAGGUAUGUGCUUACCCUCGCAUGGGAAAAGUAGGCCAACGAUGGAAGGCUAGGGGCAGUAACAGUGUGCUUCUUGGGUACCGGUAUCUGCGGGCACAGACGCGCCAUCUGGCUGGCUCCACGGUUUGCGGGCUAGUGGUCGUAAUAAAGCGAGGUAAUUACCGUAGGUGUCAUGGGAGUGCGGCGAAAGUCCACAGCGUUCCGGGCAGCGAUCUGUAGGAUUGGC